CUAGUUUUAGUCAUGUCUAGUCGUAGUUUAAGUGCAAUACUCCUGCUCCUGGGGGCGUUUAUAACCGCCAGCCACGCCUCCAACGGUGACCGCACCCAGUUUUUUCACAAUUGUCGGCAGAAUUGCGAGAGAACUAAUUGCUCUGCAGAUGGCCUGGAGAUCCAGGAGCAGGCGGUCAAGUUCUACAGGCAGUCGGUGUUCGACAAGCUCUUCCAGUGGAGCUGCGCCGACGAGUGUCAGUACGGAUGCAUGUGGCGUACUGUCUUAGCCUUCUUUGAGCGCGGAUGGCCCAUUCCGCAGUUCUACGGCAAGUGGCCCUUCCUCCGCCUGCUGGGAAUGCAGGAGCCGGCCUCGGUGAUCUUUUCCAUCCUCAACUUUGCCAUGCACCUGCGGCUGCUGCGCAAGUUCCGGCGGGAAGUGCGUCCGGACAGUCCCUGCUACAUGCUGACCCACAUAUUCGCAGUGACAAGCCUCAAUGGUUGGGUCUGGUCCGCCAUCUUUCACACGAGGGACUUCCCGCUGACCGAGCUGCUGGACUACGCCUUCGCCUACUCCAUCAUCCUGUGCUCGCUGUACGUCAUGGUCAUGCGGAUGCUGCACCGCUACUCCCUGUUCCUGCGGGGUGUGAUUUCGCUGGCCUUCGUCUCCUACUACAUCAACUACUUUGCCUACCUGAGCGUGGGACGGUUUAACUACGCCUUCAACAUGAUGGUGAACGUGGGAACAGGAGUAAUUGCGGCCGUGGGCUGGUUCGUUUGGUGCCACUUUGUGCGCACCCGCAGGCCCUACUUCCGCAGGAUCCUGCGCUUCUACGUUCUCAUGGCCCUGGCCAUGAGCCUGGAACUGCUGGACUUUCCGCCCAUCCUCUGGAUUCUGGAUGCCCACGCUCUGUGGCACCUGGCCACAGUUCCGCUGGCCGCCCUCUACUACGACUUCAUGAUCGAGGACUGUCGAACCCUGCGAAAGGAAAAGGCGGCGGCCGGAGGCUAUCCAUUCUACAACUAGUAUUAUUCAGGACAUUUAAAGACAGGUCGAUAAAGCGAAACUGCCAUUUCAAAUUCUUAAAGGAGGUCAUGAUUGACAUCAACCGGCUUUGCAGAAAAUGUACUCGCUUCGUUUACAAAGACAUAAUAGAGACUUUAUUACAACAUUCA